AUGACAUUCAUUCUAUCAAGAUCACAAGCAGACAUAUUACCAUUUAUUGUCAAUGGAUCACAUUUAGACCUUCAAUUCCCAAUACCUCCCUUUGAGAAAUUCAAACUCUCCUAUAUCUCACUAAACCUUACAACUAGUAACUAUUCAAUUACACAAUACAUCACCCUAACAAUAUAUGUUCUAGCGGUGUUAUUAGUCGCUGGAUUCGUUUAUAUCGCGUUCUAUCCUCGACCGCACCGAUAUGAAUGGGUUAGAUCAAUAAUUUUGGUGGUAGGGACAGGGGUAAUGGAGUUUCCAUUGUACAUUGCCUUUGUAAAGUUUUGGGUCAUGGUGUGGAUGGUAAAUGCAUUUGAAUUACAGUUCACAAAUAAUCCAAUCCUAUGGAUCGACCUCGUUACAUUUCUGGCACUUUUUUACGCGUUCCAUCUCGCUUAUAAAGCAAGAGAAGUCGUGCACAAAGAAACACGUGAAUUUGAGACUCAUGGACCAAAACUCGCAAGCUUUUUUAGGCCGUAUUUUUGGUACCGAAUGAUGGUACCGAUUUAUAUUCCUUUAAAUGUGACAGUUGACCGUGACAUAAUAUAUGCGACACCUCAAGAAAUAAAAGAAUUGGGUAACCAAACGAAAUUUCUUAAACUCGAUAUCUACAAAGAGAAAUCCACAAAAAAUACCGAUAAAAGACCAGUUUUGAUAUUUAUUCACGGGGGAAGUUGGAUACAGGGCGAUAAACGAAUACCAUAUCCCCAACCAUCAUACAUGGCAUCCCACGGAUGGAUAGUUGUAUCAAUCAAUUACCGACUAUUCAACUAUCCGAAUCAAUUAAUCGAUUGUAAACGCGCAAUACGAUGGACAAAAGAAAACAUUUCACACUAUGGUGGGGACAAAAAUUUUAUAUAUGUUUCAGGGGAUUCGGCUGGUGGUCAUUUAGCAACCAUGACUGCACUUACUCCCAACGACCCGAAAUAUCAACCGGGAUUUGCAAAUGUCUCGACAAGUGUUCGUGCAUGCGUAUCGAUUAAUGGUAUCUACGAUUUAACGAAUAUGCAUGAUUAUUUUCCGGGAAGGGAUAUUAUUCCAGAUUGGAUCGCACAAGUUGUGUGUGGACUAAAGAAUGGAAUUGCCGAUAUGAAGAGUAGAAAAGUUCUGGAGGAUGGAAGUCCCGAAUUAUUGCUGAAACAUCGAGUGGAGAAUAAUCUUGAAGUUGUACCUUUUUUGGUAUUUCAUGGUGAUCGUGAUAAUCUCAUACCUGUGAUCCACACUCGGCAAUUCAUCAAAUUAUUUAAAACGAAGUCAGUCUACAUUGAAUAUCCGGGUGGACCUCACGGAUAUCAUCUCACUCAUGCGCCAAGAUGCCAUUAUCAAAUGAUUGCAAUGCUUAGAUUUCUUAAUUGGGUGCACGAUGGAUAUCAAAGAGAACACGAGAAAAUAAACGAAGUUACUUUUAAGAUUUAG